GUGCCGCUCCCGGUGCCGCUCCCGGUGGCACUGACGGAGCUGUGGCAGUGACGGAGCGGUCCCGGUGCCAGUGACGGAGCUGUGGCAGUGACGGAGCGGUCCCGGUGGCACUGACGGAGCUGCGGCAGUGACGGAGCGGUGCCGGUGCCAGUGACGGAGCGGUGGCGGCGGCGGCGGGCGAUGGGUACCGGGCGCUGGGCGCUGCUCUGGGCGCUGCUGGCGGCCCUGUGCCCGCCCCGCGGAGGGGCCGAGGGUGCUGACCAGAUUCCAGGCGUGAGGCUGGACCUGUUGGAAGAUUCCCAUCACACGGCCACCGUUGGCCACUGGCCUCGCCGGAGCCCCAGGGAGGAGCCCCCCAGCAGCUUCCUGGGACCGCUGAAGUUCAACCCCACGGUGCGGCACAUCGUGAUCAACGAGCACAGGGACGUCACCUUCAACUGCUCCAUCAAGGUGCCCCAGGCCCUGCUCCGGCCGGACGCCCCCGGGAUUUCCCUGUGGAAGGACGGCAGGGAGCUGCAGGCGCUGGACCGCAUCGCCAGCAGCCACUUCGAGAUUCCCGACGAGGAGGAGGUGUCCAUGACCUCCACCUUCAGCAUCCUGGCGGCCCAGCGCUCGGACAACGGCUCCUACGUCUGCAAACUCAACAUCUCCGGCACGGAGGUGGUGUCGGAUCCCAUCCUGGUGCAGCUGGAAGGCCUCCCGCACUUCAUCCGGCAGCCGGAGAGGCUGAACGUGAGCAGGGGCAGCCCGUUCAACCUGACGUGCCAGGCCGUGGGGCCGCCGGAGCCCGUGCACAUCUUCUGGUUCCGCAACAACGUCCGCCUCAACGAGCAGCCCCUCGUCUCCCCGUCCGUGCUGACCGUGCCAGGAAUCAACGAGACGACGCUGUUCAGCUGCGAGGCCCACAACAGCAAAGGGCUCACAGCAUCCAGCCCCGGACAGGUCAACGUCAAAGGAAUCCCAUCCGCGCCCGCCAGCGUGCGUGUCCUCAACAGGACAGCCCACGGCAUCGGGAUCUCCUGGGAGCCGGGCUUCGAUGCCUUCUCUGCCUUCAACAGCUGCAGGGUCCAGGUGGAGGAAGCCGUCCCACGAGGCAACAACGUCUCCCUCCUGCUCUUCAGCACGUCGGUGCCCCCCCACGGGUACCACAUCCAGCAGCUGGAGCCCAUGGAGAGCUACAGCAUCCGCGUUUCCUGCAGGAAUGAGGUCGGCUGGUCGGCGUUCAGCCCCUGGGUAUCUGCCAGCACCACCGAGGGAGCUCCGACCACGCCGCCGCUGAACGUCACGGUGUCCUUCAACGAGUCGAGCUCCUCCCUGGAGAUCCGCUGGGCGAAGCCACCCCUGGGGAGGAUCCACGGGGAGCUGCAGGGAUACCACGUCCAGUACAGGUGGCAGAGCUCCAAGGGGAUGCAGGACGUCGCUGCCGAGGUGCGGCUGAACUCCAGCGUGGCCGUGCUGCCCGUGGUGGCCACCAACGCCACCUGCUCCGUCCGCGUGGCCGCCGUCACCAAGGGAGGGGUGGGACCCUUCAGCGUCCCCGUGGACAUCUUCAUCCCCGGCACCGGAUUAAUAACCUCAGCCCCAUCUUUGACUCCAGCCUCUGGGAACGCCGACUCCUUCGUGGUGGCCCUGGGCUUCAUCUGCGGGACCGUCGCCGUCGGGCUCAUCCUCUGCCUGUCCGUGGUCAUCCAGAAACGAUGUGUGGAAACAAAAUAUGGGAAUGCUUUCAGCGGGAAUGACUUGGAGCUGGCGGUGAGCUACACGGCCAAGAAGUCCUACUGCCGGAGAGCCGUGGAGCUCACGCUGGGAAGCCUGGGAGUCAGCAGGGAGCUCCAGCAGAAGCUGCAGGAUGUGGUCGUGGACAGAAACGCCCUGAGCCUGGGGAAGGUCCUGGGAGAGGGGGAGUUUGGAUCAGUGAUGGAGGGACGCCUCAGCCAGCCCGAAGGUGUCCCACAGAAGGUGGCUGUGAAGACCAUGAAGUUGGAUAACUUUUCCCAGAGGGAGAUAGAGGAGUUCCUCAGCGAAGCAGCGUGCAUGAAGGACUUUGACCAUCCCAAUGUCAUCAAGCUCCUAGGAGUGUGCAUCGAGCUGAGCUCCCAGCAGAUCCCCAAGCCCAUGGUGAUCCUGCCAUUCAUGAAAUACGGGGACCUGCACAGCUUCCUGCUCCGCUCCCGGCUGGAGAUGGCCCCCCAGUUCGUGCCCCCGCAGACGCUGGUGAAGUUCAUGGUGGACAUCGCCCUGGGGAUGGAGUAUCUGAGCAGCCGGAACUUCCUGCACAGGGACCUGGCGGCUCGGAACUGCAUGCUGCGGGACGACAUGACGGUGUGCGUGGCGGACUUUGGCUUGUCCAAGAAGAUCUACAGCGGGGAUUACUACCGGCAGGGCCGGAUAGCCAAGAUGCCGGUGAAGUGGAUCGCCAUCGAGUCCCUGGCCGACCGCGUCUACACCACCAAGAGCGACGUGUGGGCCUUCGGCGUCACCAUGUGGGAGAUCGCGACGCGCGGGAUGACGCCCUACCCGGGGGUGCAGAACCACGAGAUCUACGAGUUCCUCUUCCACGGGCAGCGCCUCAAGAAGCCCGAGGAUUGCUCGGACGAGCUGUACGAAGUCAUGUCUGCCUGCUGGAGAGCCGACCCCGCCACCCGCCCGACCUUCUCCCAGCUCAAGGUCCACCUGGAGAAGCUGCUGGAGAGCCUGCCCCGCUCCAAGAGCUCCGGGGAGGCCAUCUACAUCAACACCAGCCUGCCCGAGCAGAGCCCGGACUCCACCCAGGAUUCGGGCUUCCCGCAGGCGGACUCGGACUUGGAGGCCGGGGAGGUGUCGGAGCCCGGCUCUCCCGGCGCGGAGCCGGCGCUGGUGGCCGUGGACGUGCAUCCCGGCGAGCCGUGGGGGACGAGGUACGUGACGGAGGAGGAGCAGCUGGGCGGCCCGGCUGAGGAUCCUUACAUCCCGCUGCUGCCCGGGGCCGGCUCGGAGCCAGGGAGCCGCUGGAGCCAGGCCAGCACUCUGCCGGCGCCGGAGCCCACCGGGGAGGACUCGGAAGCGCCGCCGGGAAAGGUGUGAGCGGGCACCAGGACAAGGACACAGAGAGGGUGUAUUUUAAUAAACGGUCGUCUCUUUU